UCAGCUAUCUAGUGGCUAGCCGCUACAUGCAGCGUACAGAAAAUUUUAUGCCACGGAAUGAUUGCGGCAGAGCAAAUUUGGGGACACAAAACAAAGAAAAGCAAAAACACAAAACACAAAAAGCACCAGCAGCAAGCUCACAACGCAGCAGCCAGAAGCAACACCAAGACUAUAAGCCAAGAUGUCCUUCAACGAUUCCCUCACUGACUUCUCUGUCCGUCGCUUCAGCGGAUACAUCUGCCUCAAGCCCCAAGUAGGCGAUGACCUCAGCAAAGCCUACAGCCACACUGUCAUCGACACAAUCUGGAAGAAAUGGGCCAUGGCACGCAUCGCACAAAAGAAGCCCCGUGUUGGUAUCAUGGUUGGACACUUCGACGAGUCCCUAAGCAGCAUCGACAGCACGGAACAUGAGGAUCCAGUGGUGAAGGUGGUUGGAGAGUUGAAUUCUUCUCAUGAAGAUUUGAGCGACGAGGAGGUGAUUGAGAUUUUGAAGUCUCUGUUCUGCACCCUUGCCAAGGCCCUCAAGCAGACACAGACUGAAUUCAAGUUCUAUGGAGACGAUGAUAAGUACUUGUGCCAAUACAACAUCUCCAACUCCAAGAAAUCGCUUCGUCAAUCUUGGGGAAAGCUUCGAGCAUCUGCUCUGUUGGAUGAAGAAGAACAUGAUGAGACAAUCACACAACACAUGCAACUCCAAGGAAUGGAACCGCCAAAAGAAGUAAACCUUGAGGACCUGUUGGCUUGGUAUGGUGAGAUGGGCCCAACAGAGGCUGAAUGUUAGGUGGGAGCAGCUUGACGGAACACUUCAUAUACACAAACCCAUACACGAACUUUGAAUAAACUGUAAACUGUAACAUAGAACGAUUCGAAUAAACUUUGAGCGGAUUCACAAGCAAACUUAGAAUAAACGGUCACAUAGAAGGAAAACUCAAACUAG